AGAAGAAGCUGAAGGAAAUCGAGAGGUAUCGAGUUCUGUUCGUGUUGUGGAUCAGAAUCAGUUUAAUUCGACUGCGGUCUGUUCGUCUAAUCUGGAACUGUCUCGAGGUGUGAACCGAACCACCCGGAAACACCUGCUGAAAAAACAUUGGAGCGUUCAGGACCUUCUUGUGUGUUCGGCUCCUGUGGUGAUAUGAGCAGCCCUGCACAGAGGAAGAGAAGGCCCACAGGAAGACCUCUGGUCUCCAGAACCAGCAUCAAGGUCAGCAGAGCAGCAAAUGCCAAAACGAUGACUUGCAGGUCGGCGGAUGCUGGUGACCCCGCCCCCCCCACAGAGCCCAUCGACGUGAUCGAUGGCGCAGAUGAUGGUGUGGAGGAGGUGGUGGAUCUGACCUGUGAAGGAUCAGAAGCUACUGUGGUCGACCUGACGACCAGCAACGACUCUGUACUGCUGGUGGACGAAGGUCCUCGGAACAGGAAAGUCCAACCAGGUGAGAGCUAUGUGCUCAGUAGUGACGAAGAUGAAGAUAUGACCCCUGCCCUUCAUGCUGCUAUGAUGUCCUCUGCACACACAUCCAGGACGACGCCGGGUAUGAUCAGCUGUCCGGUCUGUUUGGACCUGUACUCUGAGAUUGUCGAGAGCGGCCGAUUGGUCGUUUCCACGAAGUGCGGUCACGUGUUUUGCAGCCAAUGUCUGAGAGACGCUCUGACAUCAUCACGCACCUGUCCUACCUGCAGGAAGAAACUCACCCGCCAAAUGUACCACCCGCUCUACAUCUGA